CUCACGGGGCUCAGUUAAUCCUGCUGCCAGGCGGUGUUAAGCAGCAGUCUCAGCGCUGAAUUCCGAGCAAGGGAGACGCGCAACCCUGAAGGCGCAGCGGAGGGGAGGCAAGAGAGGCGGCUAAAGAGAGCAGAGCGGGGGAAAAAUCAAAUCUAUGCUUGGAACUGGGCUUCUUUUUCGCCAAUGCAAAAGGGAAUAUGCAGCACAUUUUUGCCUUCUUCUGCACCAGUUUCCUAGGGGCGGUGUUAGGGGCCAAUUUCCCCAACAAUAUCCAGAUAGGGGGGUUAUUUCCUAAUCAACAGUCCCAGGAACAUGCGGCUUUUAGGUUUGCGUUGUCUCAGCUCACGGAACCCCCUAAGCUCCUUCCCCAGAUCGAUAUUGUGAACAUUAGCGACAGCUUUGAAAUGACGUACACCUUCUGCUCACAGUUCUCCAAGGGCGUCUACGCCAUCUUUGGAUUUUACGAGAGGAGGACUGUUAACAUGCUCACAUCUUUCUGCGGGGCUCUUCAUGUCUGCUUCAUAACGCCAAGCUUCCCGGUCGAAACGUCCAACCAGUUUGUUCUCCAGCUUCGCCCAGAGCUCCAGGAUGCCCUCAUUAGUGUCAUCGAGCACUACAGCUGGCAGAAGUUUGUGUACAUUUAUGAUGCUGACCGGGGGUUGUCAGUCCUACAGAAAGUGCUGGACACUGCAGCUGAGAAGAACUGGCAGGUGACAGCUGUCAACAUCCUGACAACAACAGAAGAGGGCUACCGCAUGCUCUUUCAAGAGCUGGGGAAGAAGAAGGAAAGGCUGGUUGUGGUGGACUGUGAAUCUGAGCGGCUGAACAUCAUCCUUAGCAAGAUCAUCAAGCUUGAAAAAAAUGGGAACGGGUACCACUAUAUUCUGGCAAAUUUGGGAUUCAUGGAUAUUGACCUGACCAAAUUCAAGGAGAGUGGAGCCAAUGUAACUGGCUUCCAGUUGGUGAAUUACACGGAUGCUGUUCCUGCCAGGAUCAUGCAGCAGUGGAGAAAUAAUGAUGCCAGGGAGCAUCCUCGUGUGGACUGGAAGAGGCCAAAGUACACAUCAGCCCUAACAUAUGAUGGGGUCCGGGUGAUGGCCGAGGCAUUUCAGAACCUGCGGAGGCAGCGGAUCGACAUCUCCCGUCGCGGCAACGCUGGGGACUGCCUCGCCAAUCCAGCCGUGCCCUGGGGACAAGGCAUCGAUAUCCAGAGAGCACUGCAGCAGGUCCGUUUUGAAGGAUUGUCUGGCAACGUUCAGUUUAACGAGAAGGGACGGAGGACCAACUACACCCUCCAUGUGAUUGAAAUGAAACAUGACGGGAUCAGAAAGAUUGGUUAUUGGAAUGAAGAUGAGAAGCUGGUUCCAGCAGCCAUAGAUACUCAAAGCGGCAAUGAGUCUACAAGCCUCCAAAACAGGACUUACAUAGUCACAACUAUCCUAGAAGACCCAUAUGUGAUGCUCAAGAAGAACGCCAACCAGUUUGAAGGCAAUGAGCGGUAUGAAGGCUACUGUGUGGAGCUCGCUGCUGAGAUCGCAAAGCACGUUGGCUACCACUACAGGCUGGAGAUUGUCAGAGAUGGGAAGUACGGAGCCCGGGACCCUGACACCAAAACGUGGAACGGCAUGGUGGGAGAACUCGUUUAUGGGAGGGCGGAUGUGGCUGUAGCACCUUUAACUAUCACUCUGGUUCGAGAAGAAGUUAUAGACUUUUCCAAACCGUUCAUGAGUUUAGGUAUCUCUAUCAUGAUAAAAAAACCUCAGAAGUCUAAACCAGGAGUUUUUUCCUUUCUGGAUCCUUUGGCUUACGAGAUAUGGAUGUGCAUUGUUUUUGCCUACAUUGGAGUGAGCGUUGUUCUCUUCCUGGUGAGUCGCUUCAGCCCUUACGAGUGGCACACUGAGGAAUUUGAAGAAGGACGAGACCAGCCGGCCAAUGACCAGACGAAUGAGUUUGGGAUAUUCAACAGUCUCUGGUUCUCCUUGGGAGCUUUCAUGCAGCAAGGAUGUGAUAUUUCUCCAAGGUCUCUCUCCGGCCGCAUAGUUGGUGGCGUCUGGUGGUUCUUCACCUUGAUCAUCAUAUCCUCCUACACAGCUAACCUGGCUGCCUUCCUCACGGUGGAAAGGAUGGUUUCUCCCAUUGAGAGUGCAGAGGAUUUGGCCAAGCAGACAGAAAUCGCCUAUGGGACCCUGGAAGCUGGCUCCACUAAAGAAUUUUUCAGGCGAUCCAAAAUAGCAGUGUUUGAGAAGAUGUGGACAUACAUGAAGUCAGCCGAACCCUCCGUUUUUGUGAGGACAACGGAAGAGGGGAUGAUCCGCGUGAGGAAGUCAAAAGGGAAGUAUGCCUAUCUCUUGGAGUCCACGAUGAAUGAGUACAUCGAGCAGCGGAAGCCCUGUGACACCAUGAAGGUGGGAGGUAACUUGGACUCCAAAGGCUAUGGCAUUGCAACGCCAAAGGGGUCUGCACUGAGAAACCCAGUAAACCUGGCAGUGUUAAAACUGAACGAGCAGGGGCUUUUGGACAAAUUGAAAAACAAAUGGUGGUACGACAAGGGCGAGUGCGGCAGCGGGGGAGGUGAUUCCAAGGACAAGACAAGCGCACUGAGUCUCAGCAAUGUGGCGGGGGUUUUCUAUAUCCUCAUCGGUGGGCUCGGACUAGCCAUGCUGGUUGCCUUAAUCGAGUUUUGUUACAAGUCCAGAAGUGAAUCAAAGCGGAUGAAGGGUUUUUGUUUAAUCCCACAGCAAUCAAUCAACGAAGCCAUACGGACAUCAACCCUUCCCAGGCCGGCUGCAGCAGGAGGCAGUGGAGAAAACGGACGCGUGGUCAGCCAUGAUUUCCCCAAAUCCAUGCAGACGAUCCCGUGCAUGAGUCACAGCACUGGCAUGUCCCUGGGAGCUACAGGAUUAUAAUUGGCCUUUUGACCCAUUGCCUGGGUGAGAGCAGGGGCAGCCCAACUCCACCCCUCCAGAGCCAAAACCAAACCCAACACCAACAAGACAAAUGACGAUGACAGAAGGGAAAAUUGGAUGGAUCUUCUCAAGGAAAUCAAAUCUAUUUCCCUUUUUAUUUGCAAACAGAUCCACCGGCAGGAGAACAGAAACAGGUCUGUACUGCAAUAAGGAGAGUAUAAUGGGAUUUAACAGACUCAUGAACCGUCCCUGAUCGACGAACCACUGGAACACUAAUGAGGACUAUGCCAUUUUGUUUUAACUUGGUUGUUAAUAAGUCUUAGUGUGUGCAAUAUAUAUAUUUUUUCUUACUAAUUCCUGUGGUGUCAGGGUAAAAUCAGCCCUUUCCCCUUUCCCUGCUCAGUCCUUCAAUCUGGUUUAGUUUGGGAGGCAAACCAUAAUGUCUGAGCUACUAACAGCAAAAAAGAAAAUCCUGAUAAAUGGCAAGUCGAAGUCCCUGCAGGGUGUCAGCAUUGACCCCUUUUGUCCAUCGUGAUUCUGCCUUCCGUUGUUCUGUUGUGAAGUCGGGCUGUGGAGUUAUUGCAACAAGGCAGACAGAGCUGCAAAUGCCUCUCCCUGCAACAGGAAGGACUUGGUGCAAGAAAGAACCGUAAUAAAAACAUGAGGCUGUUUUACAGGGGCAAAGUCAUGAGUGAGUUGCAAAACCCCACGUAACCUGAGGACAAAGUGGUAAUUCUUCCAGAGAUGAUGAGUGGCGGUUCAAGAGAAGAAUCAUGUGCUUGGAGUGGAGAGCGUCAUGCGUGGCAGACUAGAGCAGAUAGUUGGUCUAAGAUCACGGUCGGCUGCUGUUUAUGGAAGAGAGAAAGUAAAUGCCGCAUUCCCCUCACAUGAGACUCUCCUGCCUAGGUUAUUGGGGGCUAAUAAGCAAUUGUGAACCAUUUCUUCAUUGCUUAGCUUCUGUGUGUUGCUCCCUUUUUGGUGGUCACAUAAGGGAAUCACCUUGGGCCAGGAAUAGACCAUCUCAAGACAUCCAGUUCUAGAUGGCUGCCUAUUAAUGAGUAAAACAUGCUAGAAGUCAUGGGGCUGCAAUGGGGGUAUCCCUGCCUUUUUGCUCUGAAAUCCCCUUAUGGCCAUUUUUCUAAUUAAGAUGGACAUUUUGUAGAUAAUUGGCCAGAAUGGCUUCCUGGAAGGAACUGCUGAAGCAAACCAAGGAGGAAACCCUAUAAGAGCUUCAUUCAAGGGUCCAUGACAUUCAACAGCAUCAGGGCUGGUCAAACUCAGCCUUCCCAUCAAGUUGUAGCCUGCCUGGGUACAAAGCCAAAAGUAGCAGAUUCCCACUCAUGUAUCUUUAGGGAGGAGGAAGCAUCCACAAGCCAGGAGAGCAGGUUGCUGACCCUAUACUUGGUAUUGCAGAAACCCGCACUGCCAGACAGGCAGCUGGGAGUCCAACCACAGGCAUGGAGAUGAAAGAGGCAAGGAUAGUUUUCCAGACCUGCACAACAGGUUCAUUCUGUGAAUCACUGGCAUGGACAGACAAAUGCUUCUCACCCUGGUGAGCCUGAGACACCUCCUCAGAAGGGAAGGAUUCCCAGGGGAGCAUCUGGAGAGAGAGAAGAUCUGUGGGGCAGGGACCAGAGAGAACCCACCUAGCCUUGUCCCAUCUCACAAGUCCAUCACUGACGGCAAAUAAAGUUCAAAGCUUCUCACAGGACCCAGAAAGUAUCCGUCUUGGGACUGAGCUGCUAUUGGAGUGUUCUGAGAUGCUUCUUCUCAUUUUUUUCCUUUUUCUUUUUUUUUUUUCCUUUUUUUUCUGCAAUGUAGCAAGAGAGGAGCAGGAAAAGAAGGGAGGCAGGUGAAGAGAAAGUGAUGCAGGCAAAUGACUGGCACAGGUCUAUGAGGAAGAUCUGUCUAUGCAGCUGUCCAUAAGUACAUCUGGAAGGUGCCUGAAUACCAGUUUUCAUUAGUGUACGAAUGUGCAGAGCAAUACAUUUACCACCUUUAACACCAGCCUGGUCUGAAUUAUCUGUUCCGUUUACCCACAUGUCAUGCAACACUUUGGAGACCAGCAAGUCAGAGUCACGGUCCUAAGCUCGGGCACAGCAUGUCUUGUGCCAAUAUGUUUUCCUCUCUCCACCUCUGGAAACCCUUGUGAUCUUCAUCACUCAUCAUGAACUCUGUUAUCAGCCACUCCAAACACCUCUUCAGGUCACUUUGUGUUGGUUAUCAUUAUUUUUAAUCUGCUUUUCUUAAUUUUAACUUCAGUUUUGUAUAAGUGCUAGCACAAUGAAGACAUCCCACAAGCUAGCCUGUGUCCAUGCCCAGAGCCCUCUGAUGCAUCUCCUGACCCAGCUCUUGCAAUGUCCUGGAUCUUGCCAUGGCAGUGCACCACUGGGCACUGUGGCAGGAGCAGGCUGCCAAGACCCAUCGGUGCCCCAUCCUCCUCCAAAGACAGGACCACAUGGCAGCAGGUCACGGGAAGCCCAAGCGGGCCGUUAAGACUGUCUCGCGAGAAGCAGUGCAUCUCUGCUAGGACUGGCCACCUGUGAUGUGAAGAUGUGAAAUGCAGUUUUCAAAGGCUUUUGAUCGGUGGAGGAGUUAAAAAAAAAAUAUGAAUAGGACAAAAGCGUGGAAAAUGUUAACUUGUAAUAUGUAUUUUUACUACACUUUUCUUAAAAAUAGAGUAAUGGUAAAAAUCCUAAAGACAUUGACAUUUUUUCUCAACAGGAAUCCAUAUUUAACAGUUUUGGCUUUCAUUAAAUUUUGCUCUUUGGUACCUGGAUCUUUUAUUUAACCGCUAUAUUUGUUUUACCUCUCUUUUUCUUUUUUUUUUUUUUUUCUUUUGGCUGUACUGCAAAGGAUUUUGCUUUAUCGAAUGCAAUAAUGUUUUUCUUUUCACAUUCUCUUUUUUUCAAACAACAUUUUUAUUGGUAACUGUUAUUUACACAAAAAUGAAACUAUCAGCUGGAAUUUUAGCACCAAGGAGCCAUGAUCCACUUUUCAUACCUGUCCAUGCCGUUUUGUGCCAGUGCUGGAUGUGUGGAAAUGAAAAUGAUGUUACCCCUCAGGCAAUAUUACCCAACCUGAAUCAAACGAGAUUUCCUUGAUUAUUGCUGUGUCUGACUUGUGAACAGCAGCCAAAUAAACUGCUUCAGGUUGAAAUUGGGAAUCUAUCUAAUAUGUACCCAAGAGUCAGGAAACUAAACAUCCAGUGAGUUGAAAGUUAAUGCUUUUGUUUAGUUUUGAGUUUUGUGGGGAUGUUUUUUACAAAGGGCUAUUAGAGGAUUUUAGCUUGUUUUUACAGAGAGAGAAGACAUGGUCAGCUCAGAGAUAACUCAGAACCAGCACUGGUCCAAAAAUCCUCACUAGGAUCAGCUUUCCUAGGAGUUCCCAUGCUGUUUCAGAGGCUUGGACAUCUAAGAUGUUUCUAACUCAGUUUUCACACCAUGAACCUGCUAAAUUCCUCAUCCAAAAGACCAUUGAAGGGAGAAAGAGAGUAGGAUUUAAAGGCCCAUGGACAUUUAUGCAGACACUGAGAGCUGCUGAGGUUAACUAUAAUCAUUAAUGUACUCAAGCAGCUCUUAUGUACUGCUUGGUGCCACAGAUCUGGAGGGACUUCCCCAUAUCGUCAUUCCCAUUUAUCGGCUGGGGAAGCUGAGACCCAAAAGUGCCUUGGACCAGGCGUCCCAGCUUACCCCACAGGGCCAUGGUUAUAGAUUCAAGGUCUCUAACAUUCAGAAGGGUUCAUUUACCCACUGGUAAGUUUUAAAGAUAGAGUCAUCAAGGGGCAGAAUUAAUAUAUUUUGGAAGGGGCUGUGAACCCUCAGGCUUCAAAGCACAAGAGACACAAUCAAUGGCCCUGAAGGAGAGGUUUCCCAUGGGCAGGCUAUGCUGGAUCAGCCCAUUUUGGUCUUCCACAAUUGCUUAGGCAUCCAGUACUGUACUGUGGACUUGGAUCCUGUCUUAAAACACUCUUAUUGCUCAGUGGUUUACUCUUGGUUCCCAGUGAGGUUGCAGAAAUGCACAAGAAACAUUCCUUUGUAUUUCGGCAUAAAGAGGACAAAAUUCCGUCCUAGUGGCAAAAGUAAGAUUGUCCUUGUAAGAAAGUCUCCAGCAAGAAUCCAAAACCAUCUUCACCAGUUGUUGAACCAAAAAACCACCAAACCUUGAAUUUCAGCAAGUGAGGAACAGUUGCAUCACCCAGUCCAUCCCUUUCCUAUGGGAUGACAACCCUGCCAUCAGGACACAAAGCUGCGACGCUCCAAAAAUAUUUGGCUGGACUUGUUUGUCCAUGUGCCUACCUGCCACCAAAUGCAAGGGAAAUUUACUCUUCUAAGCUCAGUGAAGGGGUGGGGCAGGGAUGCAUCAAUGUUUGCUGUAACCCAGUGGGUACCACUAACCUGUUCAUCUCCAGUAACUCGGACACAUAGCUCCAUCAUGUUUUUUGGAGACAUGGUGAAGUUUUUACUGUGAACACAGGUUCGUGCUCCAUUUUCAAUUACAUGGUCAGUCACCCAUCUCACUCAUGGCUUUGGGUCCCCAGAACGUUCUUGUGCACAUUCCUGACAUGUUGGUCCACCACAGAAGCACGUGUCAGAGCUUAGAUGACCUAUCACAGUGGUGUGUGGUACCCUUGGGACACUGCUGGUACUCCUUACUGCCAACGGCAUGAGAAAUAACAGCACAGGUUGGGGCUCAGCUAGCAGAGGUUGCUCUGAAGCACCACCCUGGAGACUGGAGGAGGUGGGUUCAGGCUCUUCCCACCAGCAAAGGUACCAGAUUAACUCCAAAUACCUUUUAGAGACCUGUGUGGCCUGUGUUCUGAUGGCUUUUGUGGCUGCUGACCUCUCUUAAAUGCAAAUUCCCCAGUUGCUUUCUUGUUACCUAUGGGCACAGAUCAAUUUGUCAGCCACCAAUGCUGGGUUUGUGUUUUAGAAGCCCACUGCUGCCUGAAGCCCCCAUGCUUGCAUCUUUGCUCCCCAGUUAAUAAAUUAACAGAAAUAUAGGGAUGUCACUGUGCCAUGCACAGCUGCCCACCAGCCUGCAGGAGGGCAGGGAUUUGGAGAAAAAUCCACAUGCAAACCCCAGCUCAACAAGUGCCAGACAAAACUUCUUGGGCACCAUGUUGCUCCACCUUCAUUACAAAGAUGACACCCCUCCCAGCUUCCUUCUUACACAGAGCUGCUCUGUUUUUUCCAGCCACUGGGUCCCGAUGGUUUGAGUAUUUAAGAGGGAUGAAUUUAGUGUGCAAGGACUUGGAAAAGUUUCAUCUAAACAUGGAGGGAUAGCUCGAGACUGGUCUUUCCCAUCAAAAUCCUAACCAUUCCCACUCUGGGAUUCUCCACUCAGCCCUGACCUGCAGCAUUUCCCUUCUGUCCGUCCCCAUCUCUCCUUCAUCUGUACAUCAGUCCCACCCUCAGUGCUGCCAGCUACUGCCCUCCAUGACCUGGAAUAGGCUCUGGGUAUGUACAUGGUGGUUGUCUUAUUGAAGAUAAGUCUAUAUCACCGCAUAGCUUUAGAAAUCAAAUGAACUCAGCUUCCUUUGGGAUGGGGGCAGACCUGUGAAUCCAGCUCCACACCGGGCAGAAAUGAUACCAUAACCCACCAGUUUUCUCAAGCAGCAAGGAGCCUUUCUGCAAAUGGGGUGUUAUAUGGAGCCACAGACUUGCAAAGUGCUAAGUUACUUGGAUAUUCCCAGAGCACUUAGACUAAUCUCCCUUUCGCUGGUGCGGACUUAUCCCAAGGAGCCAUCGCUGUCUGGCUGCCAGAAGGUACACCUGGCUUGGGGAUGGAGAGGGGCAGGGUGCUGGGCACCAUCACCAAGCUGGUACACGAGUGAGCUCAUCUGCCAAAUGUGUGCAAGGGGAGACCUGUCUCUAGAGCAGUGAAACACAGUAACCUUCACCCCCAGAAGGGAUAUAUUGAGAAGAGUAAUUACCCAAUGUUUGCACAUCCCUUUCUCAUGCACUAAUUAUAUAGUACACACGCAAACACUCAUGCAUAUACAGACAUUAAGAGAUGGCUUUGAUGGCCCAAAUUAGCUGUUAAGGUACCUUUUCAUUCCUAAGGAUCAAUAUGGUAUAAUGUAACAGCCACAAAGUAUGUUCAUUACUCUGCAGAGCUGGUUUAACAUGCUCUCUGGAUCCCUUUGGCAGUAAUUCCUCCUCUGUUGGAGCUGGCAUCAAAAUUAAUGGCAUGUCGUGUUCUGUAAGUCCUGACUUUUUAGAUGAAAGGUACAUGAUGUUGUUCACAUCAGUAUUACAGUGUAAUAAAUCAAUGCUUUCCCUUUGGAAGGAUUUCAGAAGAUUUCACAACUUGCUUUCAGGAACUCAAAAGACAAACUGUCUGCCAGGUCAUGGGCUGAUAAAAAAAAUUCCAUGAAAACAGAUAAAGGAGGAAAGAAAACCCCACCAUUUUAUUGCAGUAUUGUUGCCUGCUUCGUGUAGGACACUAGAGCCGGGGCACCAAUGCCUAAGUUUCAUCAGGCCCCAUUGCACAAGGUGGUGCACAGCUCAGGGGUGUAUAUUCCCUGCACUGAGGAGGCUAAAAUCAAAGUUGACAGAGGCUGCGGUGGGGGGAACACAGCCUGAUUUCACUUGACCAAACAGGAGCAGAGAUAAAAGUAGAGUUUGCCUUCCAAUUGCCAGACCCUAGAACAAGUUCCUCCCAAUUUUCAGAAAAGCAGCAGGGAAGGGAAGAGGAGUGAAGACAGAACAUGCCAGGACAGAGCACCCAGCAAUCCCCCAAAAGGUGCCCACAGAGCUAUUGUCCCAGGUUCUUUGGUAGCUGCUGCCUGGAGUGCAGUUCACUUACUUAAUGACAUCUUUACCAAGUAAAACUUAAAUUCCCCUGUUCCCAGGAGCACAUGUGCGAGAUGGGAAGAGGCUGAACUUGAAAGGGGAGCCGUUUUGUUGCCUCAGAUUAGCUCAAACUGUGUGACAAGCUUUCCUCACUUCAAAACCAAUGUUGUUAACCUUGAAAUCUGCAUUAUUAAUAUUUCAACAUGAGUCCCAUCAGGAGCUGCCAAAAGAGCUCUCCUGGACUCAUGACAGCUAGUCCUGUUUGAUUCUAAUCAUAUAUGAAUGCAUGAGUUAAGAAGACAUCAUUAAAAGCACAUUAAGUUUAAUUAUGCUAGCAGCCGCAGACAGUGGGAGCAUCGGCUUAAUGCAGAAUGCAUAAUUAGAUCAGACCUAAUCCAUUAGAUUCAUAUUUGUUAAAGAAAAUGUUCCUCGUCUAUAAGUGGAGGUGACACCCCACUUAUACAAAACAUCAAAGUGAUCUAUAGAGUUUGGAGGAUCGUCACCAUUUUCUGGGAAACACUGCCCUCUCAUCCCCUCUCCACUCCUCCCUGCCCAUCACCUCUGUGCACUUUGCUGAGCCCUCACUCAGCUCAUUGCACAUCCAAUUUAAUAAAAGCACACAAAAGUAACAAGAAGAUCCUCCACUCUGGCAGCCAAGCCCUGGGGAGGUGCUGUAGUGGUUUAAGCCAUUAUGGACCCAGAUCUCUUUUGCAAGGAGCUGGCACUGCCAGAGCAGUGUGUAGAUGCAGGAGUGCACCCGGUCCUGGGUGAGUGGAUGGCCUCACAACCCAGUUAGACCAGUGCAGCCAUGCUCGGUGGUGCCAGCGUGGCUGAUGCCCUUACACAGACUCCAGCUGCUGUUGGCUGCAGAGUGGGUUGGGACAAUUUUCCAAACAAAUCAAAAAAAGACAAAAAUAAACCAAAACAAUGAAAGCAAAAGUGUUUCAGCUCUUUCUAGGGCUGGUCCAGCUCUCUCCACUAACACCAGGGGGGCAGUGGCAGGACCCCACAGCUGUGGCAGCAGGGAAGGAGGCAUGUCCCUUUUCCCAGCAGCAUGGCAUUCCAGACCACCCGCUGCAUUGCUCUGCAAAACCACUGCAUUCAAGGGAAACCACCAUCACCAGUGGCUUUAGUUAAGCCCCAAGAUGAGCAGCCAUGGGUUGCCGCCCCCAUCUUUGCCCCACAGCAGGGUCCUAGGGGUAACUGGUGCCAACAGUCCCUCACACUCCCAAGCAGCAUCACGGCAGUAGGGACAACAAAUCUGCCAAUGUCUGAGCCCCCCAGGUAAUCAGGUUGCUGUGGCUUAAUGCUUCUCAGCUGGGAUACAGAGGAUCCUGUGUCUUGUGCUUGUGCUAUGGAGUGAUUUCAGCAGCAUCUCCCAGCCCAGACCCCGCGGCAGUGGCUGCUGCCUAGGCAGGGCUUUUCCAGCUCCAGGUGCAGCCCAAAGGUGAUGCACCUCACUAGCAUGCUGCUAAACCACAGUGCUCGUGGGUCCACAUGCUCACUGCCACCCUACCUUGCUACAGAGAGGGGUGAAUUUUCUAUGAGCCUUUGCCUGCCGCAGGUUAUUCACUCCCAUCACCCCACAGACUAACUCAGCUCAGCGCUGGACAUGGAGAGGAUCUGCUCAAAGCUGAGGUCUGAGUCCUGCUCAAGGGUGAUUUCAGCUGAUGUCCCCUCCAGCCUGGAGUCAGAGCGGGCUGGAAAGGGGGGGCCACCACAUGACAAAUUCCUGGCAGCUGUGUGCAAGAAAUUGCAGUUCAGGAGGGAACCCGAGAGCCCUGCGCUUGCUGCCACUCAUUAUGGGCAGGAGCCGCUUAUGCUUAACGGCUCAGCUGAGCCCUCUAACACCUGCCUAAGUGCUGAAUAUUAUUGCUAAUAAAAGAUAAUGGCCUCUUGCUGCCUUUCCUCUAUGGAGCCGGGUAAGGGCUAUGGAUGGGAAGCCACAGCACAGAGGCACAACCCAGGGCACGGCAGAUGGGCAGGAUUAAAACUUUUCUGAAGGUACCUUUCACGGCCAAGGCUCAGCUUCAAAUGGACCACAGUUACUGGUUAGACAAAACUGAGAUUUCCAGGAAGUUUUCUGAAUAAAGCAUCUGUUACCUUAGGUUUGGAAGGCCUUUUUAGUUUGGUUUUCUUCUUUUGUUUGGUUUUGUGGUUUUUUUUAAAAGAGCGAGAAAGUCCCUACCAUAUUAUCCAUAUUCCAUUUUCAUCCUCGCCACCUCCAUCUCCUCUCUGCCCUGCUCAUGCAGGCAAGGGUGACACCAGCGCAGGCACGUUAGGCUGUGUUACAGGGUCUGGGCGGGGAUGGG